AUGGCAAAAUAUGGGAAUGCCGCAAAAUUUUGCAAUUCAAUGUUCGGGAAACAGGAAAAACGCAGACGAAGAAGUUCGACAAAAUUUAACAUGGGCGGGACAAUUGCGGAGGAGUUGGAUGAUGAUUUAGAACAGUUGAGAAAGUUUUUGGAUAAAGAAAACAAACGUUGUGUUGUAAGUGAAACUGCAUUUUUUUGUAUCACACAAUUGGAACACUUCCACGACAACAAAGCGGAUACACAAAGUUUCCUUGUUUUUGUGCUUAUAGGAAAGACGAUCAAAAGUGGAAAAUUUAAAAAAAGUGGCCAAUUAGCGACACAUUUAAGAUCAAAUCUUUUAGCGGAGAAUUUGUUGAUGACUUUUCAAAAACUGGCAGCAAACAUGAGCGUAAAAUUGCAUUCUCUUCAUAGCCACUCACAUGACUUCCCAUCAAACCUGGGAGCCAUGGGUGAAGAAGGACGUUUCCACCAAGACAUCAAAACAAUGAGCGUAGAUAGCAAGACAGAUGGGACAUAA